CGACUCYGGAGGCGCGGGCCGCCCCUGCCGCGGGUUUGGAUCCGGGUCAGUCAGGCGCGGCGGUCGGGGAGAGACGAUCUGAACUGACGGGACCGGAUCACCGGAGCGCCCCAGCUGCGAGGAGUAUUAACGGGAACAUCCAUAGUAGUGCAAAAACUUUCACAAUGAAAUCCGAAGCCAAGGAUGGAGAGGAGGAGAGUCUACAAACUGCUUUCAAGAAAUUAAGAGUGGAUGCAUCAGGGUCCAUAGUAUCGCUGUCUGUUGGAGAAGUCACGAGUGUCAGAGCAUCAGUCAGAACAGCAGCAGAUGAUACCAAACCUAAAACCUCAUGUGCAUCUAAAGACAGUUGGCAUGGGUCURCAAGGAAGUCUUCACGAGGAGCAGUGAGAACCCAGCGUCGUCGACGUUCUAAGUCUCCUGUCCUUCAUCCUCCAAAGUUCAUACAUUGCAGUACAAUAGCAUCUCCUUCCAGCAGCCAGCUCAAGCACAGAAGCCAGACUGACCCCCCUGAUGGCAGCAGUGGGCUGGGAAUAUCAACUCCUAAAGAGUUCAGUGCAGGAGAAAGCUCUGCUUCACUCGAUGCCAGUCACACAGGGGGAGUUGUUGAGCCUUUGGGAACUUCAGUUCCAAGGCUCUCAUCAGAGAGUAAGACAGAAGACUCCUGUGAUGCUACCCAAGUCUCCCACACAAGUCUCAAGGCCAGCGAUCUCUCUGACUUUCAAUCUGUUUCCAAGCUAAACCAGGGCAAGCCAUGUGCAUGCAUAGGCAAGGAGUGCCAGUGUAAGAGAUGGCAUGAUAUGGAAGUGUAUUCCUUUUCAGGCCUGCAGAAUGUUCCUCCCUUGGCCCCAGAACGAAGAUCCACACUUGAGGACUACUCUCAGUCGCUGCACACCAGAACUCUGUCUGGCUCUCCCCGUUCCUGUUCUGAGCAAGCUCGAGUCUAUGUGGAUGAUGUGACCAUUGAGGACCUAUCAGGCUACAUGGAAUAUUACUUGUAUAUUCCCAAGAAAAUGUCCCACAUGGCAGAAAUGAUGUACACCUGAUAGUAAGAAGCUAAUUCACAUGCUUUAAACCAAUGAAGGGUUGUCAAAGAGAUUUAGUUAAUGGCAGACCUUGUGGCUACUUUGUGUGAGAGGACGUCUUUCUGCUCACUGUGCUUGCAAUAAAAACUUUUCUUGGCAUCUCAGUUAAUCUUCAUUCUUUAAACUUACUCUAGUUUUUUCGUACCCAUCAAGGUAAACAGAUCAGAGAAAGUYCCCCUCCCAUAGAGUGUUCAUGGGGAAUGAAAAAAACGUAAUUUCUUGAGACUGGUAAUAGUGGGUGUAUGGAGAAAACCUUUUGUAAAACAGCAUUUUUUACUGUGUAAGAUUGGAUAGCCAAGGAAAGUCAGUUUUGUAACUGAACUAAACACUUGCCAUGUUGUCGUGCCAGCCUGCAGUAUUAGAAGUUACAAGACUGAUUUAAACCAUAUCUGAUUUAAUGCAGGAUUUGUGCCAUUACAGGUUUCUUAUGUUUUUUGUUGAGCCAGAGGUCUAAGGUUUAGGUUCAAUAUGAAUAAACUAGCCAGCCUGCC